UGAGUACUAUAUAGACUGAUCAGAAUGCAACGGAUUGUGUCGAAACGCAGCUGCAGCUUAAUGCUGAGGCUACACAAUCGCUGUCUGGCCACAAAACCCGUGGGCGAUGUGCUCUUCCCUACCAAAUCUGAUUUUCCCAGUCGCCACAUAGGACCACGCAAGACGGAUGUGGUUGCCAUGCUGGACACGCUGGGCUUUAAGUCCUUGGCAGAGCUCACCGAGAAGGCGGUGCCACAGAGCAUACAGUUGAAGCGGGAUCUCAGCCUGGACAAGCCUUUGAACGAGCACGAGCUAAUACAACGCAUUCGGGACAUCUCGCUCAAGAAUCAGCUGUGGCGCUCGUACAUCGGCAUGGGCUACCACAACUGCCAUGUGCCCCACACGAUAGUGCGUAACAUUUUCGAGAAUCCCGGCUGGACCACACAGUACACGCCCUAUCAGCCGGAGAUCGCUCAAGGUCGACUCGAAUCGUUGCUCAACUAUCAGACGCUUGUUACCGAGCUCACGGGCCUGGACGUGGCGAACGCCUCGUUGCUCGACGAGGGCACAGCUGCUGCAGAAGCCAUGUGCUUGGCCAACAGGCACAACAAGCGAAGGAAGCUCUACCUGUCCAACAAGGUCCAUCCCCAGACUCUGGCGGUGGUGCAGACGCGUGCCGAUGCCCUGGAGCUUGACAUUGUUGUGGGUCCCAUCGAGCGUGCAGAUCUGCGCAGCCGUGAGCUGUCCGGCAUCUUGUUGCAGUAUCCCAAUACGUACGGCGACGUCAAGGACUUUGAGGACAUCGCGGCUCUUGCACGCAAAAAUGGCACCCUGGUGGUGGUGGCCACCGAUCUGCUGGCCCUCACGCUGCUGCGUCCGCCCGCCGAGUUCGGCGCGGAUAUUGCCAUCGGCACCUCGCAGCGUAUGGGAGUGCCGCUCGGCUACGGCGGCCCACAUGCCGGAUUCUUUGCCUGCAAGCAGAGUCUGGUGCGCCUGAUGCCGGGUCGCAUGAUUGGGGUAACGCGCGACAUGGAUGGCAACGAUGCCUAUCGCUUGGCCCUGCAGACGCGCGAGCAACACAUACGACGCGACAAGGCCACCAGCAACAUUUGCACUGCCCAGGCAUUGUUGGCCAACAUGUCUGCCAUGUAUGCCAUUUACCAUGGCCCGGAGGGUCUCAAGGCCAUUGCCAAUCGCAUUCAUCACUUUGCGCUGACACUACAGACGGGUCUGCUCGAAGCUGGACAUGAGGUGGUCAACAAGAAUUUCUUUGAUACGCUGCACGUGAGACUCUCAGCUGAUCUCUCGCUGGAGGAACUCAAGGAACGCACUGAACUCAAACACAUCAAUUUGCGCCAUCUGCCAGAUGGCACAGUGGGCGUGGCUUUGGAUGAAACGGUUAGUGUGGCAGAUGUGAACGAUUUGUUGUGGUCCUUUAAGGCGCCAUUAACGUUGGAGGAGUUGUUGGCACGCAAGGACGUGCUGAAGAACUCCAUUGAGAACUCCAAGUUCUUGCGCACCUCGCCCUACCUGCAACAUCCCAUUUUCAACAGCUAUCACAGCGAGUCCCGCAUGGUGCGCUACAUGAAGAAGCUGGAGAACAAGGACAUUUCGCUGGUGCACUCUAUGAUUCCACUUGGCUCCUGCACCAUGAAGCUCAACUCUACCACCGAGAUGAUGCCCUGCUCGUUCCGACAUUUCACGGAGCUGCAUCCAUUUGCGCCGGUUGAGCAGGCUCAGGGCUUUCAUCAACUGUUCAAAGAACUGGAGCAGGAUCUGUGUGAGAUCACCGGCUAUGAUAAAUUCUCGUUUCAACCCAACUCUGGUGCCCAAGGCGAAUACGCCGGCUUGCGUGCCAUCAGAAGUUAUCAUGAACACCGCAACGAGGGCCAUCGCAACAUUUGCCUGAUUCCCAUUUCCGCGCAUGGCACCAACCCAGCCUCCGCUCAAAUGGCUGGCAUGAAGGUGGAGCCCAUACGCAUACUCUCGAAUGGUUCCAUCGAUAUGGCCCAUCUGCGUGAUAAGGUUGCGGAGCAUUCCAAGGAGCUGUCCUGUCUAAUGAUCACAUACCCAUCGACCAUGGGCGUUUUUGAGGAAACGGUAGCGGAGAUCUGCACAUUGGUGCACCAGCACGGUGGCCAGGUGUAUCUAGAUGGUGCCAAUAUGAACGCUCAGGUGGGUCUGUGCCGGCCCGGCGACUAUGGCAGCGAUGUCUCCCAUCUGAAUCUCCACAAGACUUUCUGCAUACCACAUGGUGGCGGUGGGCCUGGUAUGGGGCCCAUCGGAGUCAAAGCCCAUCUGGCACCGUUUUUGCCUGGCCAUCCACUUGUCAGUCCGCUCGCUAGCGAGGAGCACAGCUUUGGGGUCGUCUCAGCAGCACCCUUUGGCAGCUCGGCAAUACUGCCGAUCUCAUGGUCGUAUAUUAAGCUCAUGGGCAGUCGUGGAUUGAAGAGAGCUACCCAAGUGGCCAUACUGAAUGCGAACUACAUGUCCAAGCGUUUGGAGCAACACUACAAAACACUGUACAAGGCGGAGAGCUCGCAGCUGGUGGCCCAUGAAUUCAUACUGGACAUACGUGAUCUUAAGAAGACGGCCAAUAUUGAGGCAGUCGAUGUGGCGAAACGUCUAAUGGAUUAUGGUUUCCAUGCACCGACCAUGUCCUGGCCAGUGGCUGGCACGCUGAUGAUCGAGCCAACAGAGUCCGAGGACAAAGAGGAGUUGGAUCGCUUCUGUGACGCAAUGAUAUCCAUACGGGAAGAAAUUUCGGACAUUGAAGAAGGACGCAUGGAUAAAACAGUCAAUCCCCUAAAAAUGGCCCCCCACACACAGGCCCAAGUUAUAUCGGACAAAUGGAACCGUCCCUACACACGUGAACAGGCUGCCUUCCCGGCGUUGUUCGUGAAGCCGGAUUCUAAAAUUUGGCCCACUGUAGGAAGAAUCGACGAUGCCUACGGCGACAAACAUUUGGUGUGCACGUGCCCGCCCAUUCUACCAGACUUGUAAUAGCCUUGUACAAUGUAUAAAUAUCUACCUAUAAGAAAACCCAUUUAUCAAGUAAUAAACUGUAUAUAUAA